AGAUGGAUUAUCGCUACCACGGGCCACGUACUCUUUCUUCGAAGAUUAUUGGUGUUUUUUUUGCGCCAAUGUUGAUGCACGAUGGUGCAGUUUUGAAGCCUAAGGAGAUGGCAGCUCAAUUGCAGCGAGAGUAUGGUUUUCAUGUAGACUAUUCAGUUGCAUAUGUUGGGAGGAAUCACGCCAUCAAGCUUAUUUAUGGUGAUCCAGAUAAGUCUUUUGAGAUGAUCCCCUCUUAUCUUCAUAUGGUGCAGCAUUGCAACACGGACACCAUAAUUGAUCUAGAGACUGAUGGUGAUGCUGUCUUUAAGUAUUGUUUUAUGGCUCUCGGUGCAUGUAUUUGUGGUUUUUUAUCAUCUGGACGACCUAUUAUUGUUGUUGAUGCUACCCAUUUGAAAGGAAAGUAUAAGGGUGUGAUGUUUGUUGCUGUGACUAAGGAUGGAAAUGAACAAGUCUUUCCAUUAGCUGUGGGGCUUGGUGAUAAGGAGAACGAUAGUUCAUGGUCAUGGUUUUUUACACGUUUGAGACGUGCAUUUGGUGUUCCAGAUAACUUGCUAUUUGUCUCUGAUCAGCAUAUGAGCAUAAAGAAUGCUGUUGAAGCUAUCUUUCCUGGAGUUCCUCAUGGUCUUUGCACCUAUCAUUUGCAGAAGAACCUUGCAAGAUUCGGUGCUAAUAUUGUAGCUAUGUUUCAAAGGGCUGCAAAUAGCUACCAGAGGGACAAGUUUGAUUUGCAUUUUGGUCAGUUGGGUUUGCUUCAAGACAAAGGUGCAUAUAGGAAGUUGGUGGAUGCUCAGCCUUGUAGAUGGGCACGUAGUUGUUGUGGAGUUCGUAGAUAUAACUUCAUGACAUCUAAUUGUGCCGAAGUAUUCAAUGGUCGGCUUCGAUGGGGUAGGAGAUUGCCCAUGUGUACCUUGUUGGAGUUUGUGAGGACAUUGAUAGCUCAUUGGUUUGUAGAGAGGCGUACUAAAGCUAUGGCAAGAACUCAUCCACUUACCGAGUAUGCUGCUUUAAAAUUGGAUAUCUCAGUUGAGGAAGGUCGAACAAUGGAGGUGAAUCCCAUCAAUACUUUCAAAUUCACCGUUUCUUCUAGUGAUCGAAAGUACAUUGUUGAUCUUCGCACUAAGAGUUGUUCUUGUCUUGAGUUUGAUCUUGACUUGAUCCCUUGCUCUCAUGCUGCUGCUGCUAUACUAAAGUCCAAACAGUCUUGCCUUCCAUAUGUGUCUAGUUACUACACCACAGAGACAUUACGUGAUAUGUAUUCUAUGGAUGUGAAUCAUAUUCCACAUCAAGACGAUUGGAAUGUUCCUUUAGAUUUGAGGACAAGGGUUGUUGGUGUUCCUGAGAAUCCUAGACAGUCAGGACGUCCACGAACUUCAAGAAUUCCAUCUGCAGCAGAAUCUUCUACUAAAUCACGUGUUAGUGUUUGUUCACGAUGCCAUCAAUCAGGUCAUUACAAGUCCAGAUGCAAGGAAGAAGUUCCAAUUCCACCACAAAGUGAAGAUGAAGAAGUUGAUCGUCCUCGUCGAGCUAAGCGUUGUAGUAUUUGCCAUGAGACUGGACAUACAAAGAGGAAGUGUAAAUUGUUUGAUCCUAAUGCUUGAUUGUGGUGUUUGG